AAGAGAAAGAGAGUCUGUGAUGCUACUGAUAGGUUACUGUAGCAACGGUAUAAUUCAUGUACUAAAUUUAGUGGGUUUUUUUUUCAUCGUGUUGGCUUAAGUCUUAAGGUGUCAGUACGACAGAAACAUGAACGUUAAGCUAAAUUUAAAAAGUUGUGCCACAAAGUCGUAAUUAACGGUCGUCUUUAACUUUUAAUUUGUAUUUUUAUUUUAAGUUCUUAUGAAUCUUGGACUUUUUAAGACGUAAGAGUUUAAACUUUAGUCCUUUGUCACAUAAGAUUUGAAGUUAACUCUAAAACAGUAAACUAGCAGUAACACUCACAGUUAGAGUGAGUAAAAUUAAAACUAUGUAUAUGAUCCUCAAAACUAAGCCUGUAAGAUUUUUCUAAAUCCAACUGAAGCUUAUCACAACAAUAUAUUAGACUAAUUUUAUCAAAGAUACUAUUAAGAUUAAAAGAGUAUAACUAUAAAAUAACUAAUGUCAGUAGUAAAUGAGCAAUCUGUCAGUAAGAGAUUACCCAGUGAGGCUGGACAGGCAAAUGCAAAAAUGCAAGAAAAAAAGGCAAUUUUGGGUCAGUUUUUACAAAAUAUUGUUGUAUUGGGAGGAGCAUAUAUCUUAGGAAUGUUUGGAUUUAGCCCAUCUUGGUUGUUAAUGGGUGUUUUAUUGUGGAUGGCACAUGAAAAUUAUUUGAAUGAUAAAAUAAUUUGUACAGCUCUUCAUCACAGUGUAGCCAAUAAUGAAAAAGGAGUAGUUUCAGCAAAAUUUGGAGAUCUACCAACAUGGGUCUAUUUUCCCGAUACAGAGAGAGCUGAAUGGUUAAACAAGAUCAUACGACAGAUGUGGCCAUAUGUUGGUCAUUAUGUACAAAGCCUGUUUAGAGAAAAAGUAGAGCCCGCUGUUAGAGCCAAUUUACCGCCUAACCUUCAAAGUUUCAAGUUUGAAAAAAUAGUUCUUGGAGACAUGCCACCUAGGAUUGGUGGAAUCAAAGUGUACCAUGAAAAUGUUGCUCGAGAUGAAAUAAUUAUGGAUGUUGAAAUAUUGUACUCUGGAGACUGCAGAUUUUCAGUGAGAGCAAAAGGGUUAACGGCGGGAAUUAAAGAUAUUCAGCUUCAUGGAGUGAUGCGUGUAGAAAUGAAACCGUUAGUGAAACAGAUUCCUCUGAUUGGUGGGGUGAAUGUUUUCUUCCUUAUACCACCAGCUAUUGAUUUCAACAUGACUAACCUGGCAGACAUUUUGAACUUACCUGUUCUGAGCGAUAUCCUACGUAGAAAUGUGAUUGGCCAGAUUACUGCUCUGAUGGUUUUUCCAAAUAAGUUUACUAUCUCUCUUACAGAGGACAUUCCUGUUCGCUUACUUAAAUUUCUUCAACCUGCAGGUGUUUUAUACAUUGAAGUAUUAGAAGCAAGAAAGUUGAAGAAUGCUGACAUUUGCUCAGCAUCUGAUCCUUAUGCUAUUAUUACAGUUGGAGCCUUCAAGUCCAAAACAAUAGUCAUUACUAAUUGCAAUAAUCCAGUGUGGAAUCAUCAGUGUGAGGCUGUGGUCAGUCAUGUUGAAGGACUAACAUUAGAUAUUGAAGUGAUGGAUGAAGACAAGGAUUCCAAAGAUGAUUUUCUUGGAAGGAUCUCUGUAAACAUUUCUUCAAUCAUCACAUCUGGAAAGGUUGAUACAUGGUACACUUUGGAGGAAGCCAAAACAGGAGAGAUACAUUUAAAAAUAACUUGGUUGACAUUUACUGAUAACCUUUCGGACAUCAAUCCUGUAAUGAACAUGAAUAUACCCCAUUUUUCAUCCUCAUUAUUGAUGGUGUUCGUGGAUUCUGCUACUGAUCUACCUGUUGUAAGCCGUAUAGCUGGAGAACCAAACCCCCAGGUGAACCUCAAGAUUGCUGCUCAUUCAAGACUUACUGCUGUGAGACUCAGAACCAGUAAGCCGGUGUGGGAGGAGAACUUUUCCUUUCUCUUGCAAAAUCCACAGACAGAUGAACUUAAGAUAGAGGUCAGAGAUGCAAAAUCUGAAAAAAGUUUAGGGAACUGUUCUCUGCAAGUCUCCCAGCUAUUAAAAGAACCUGAUCAUCGAUUAGAUCAGCCUUUUCUUCUUCAGAGGUCAGGACCUGGAGGAAAAAUAUUCUUAAUGUUGCAAUUAAAGGUUCUUAAGUACAGUGAUCCACACAUCAAGGAAGGUGCUGUGACAGCUGAUAAAGAAAUACAUACCAAGAGAGCUGAAGAGGUGUCAGUUGAUAAACUCAACUCUGUAGAAUCUGCAUUACCUAAAAGGAUGAACAAUGCUGAUCAAACAACCAGCAGUAUAUCAGAUAUUCUGAGAAACAAAUUUGACUUUCGGAGUGGUGUGGUCUGUGAGAAUGAAGAUUUAUGUGUGAAGGUGUCUGUUCUAUCAGAAUCUUUUCCAGAACAAAAACAGAAAACACAUUUCCUGAGAGGAGCUGCUAGUCUAGUUUUUGAUAAAGCCCUGGAAUUUGAUAUGAUGACUACAGAUCACAGUAAUUUUCAACUGAAAAUUGUCCUGAAAACAAGAGGUGGAGGACGUCUAUUUUCUCGUGGAAGAGUUCUGGGCCAAAAUUCUAUUGAACUACACUUUGAUUUGAAUAAAGCCAUCACAAACUGGUAUGAUUGUGUUUUUUCUAAUGUGUCCCAAGUUCUAUCAGUGUCAGAUGUGGAAGCUCUCAGCUGGGUCAUACUUAGAUCAGUAUCACAUGUG